UAAAAAGCUGUUCCCUGAGCCGCCUGCUAAUACUUUCGUCUGAACCAGUACUUCAGCCAAUCCACAAAGCAGCCUCGAUGACGGCGGUUAACGAGAGGCAGGAGCCCGCGGCCACGGACCUGGGCGCCCUGCUGGACGCUGGCGACGCCGCCUUCGUGACGCUGGAGGCGGGGCAGACGCGGCUGGCGGCGCACGCGGCCGUCCUGGCCGCCAGGAGCCCCGUCUUCGCGGCCAUGUUCCAGCACGACAUGCUGGAGGCCGCCUGCGGCCGGGUCAGCAUCGCCGACGUGGAGGCUCCGGUGAUGAGGCAGCUGCUGGCCUACAUGUACACCCUCCAGACGCCGCAGCUGUCCAGCACGGCCCCGCAGCUGCUGGCGGCGGCGGAUAAGUACGGCCUGACGGCACUGAAGGCUGCCUGCGAGCGGCAGAUGGCCGCUCAGCUGGACGUCGAGAACGCGGCGGCCGCAGCUGUCGUAGCGGUGAGGCACUCCUGCCCCCAGCUGACCGCGGCUGCCGUCGCCUUCAUAAACGCCAACCGCCAGGUCUUGUCAACCCGGGGCUGGGCAGAGGCGAUGAGGAACCACCUAGAACACGUCAUCGAAGUGACCAGGCUGCUCAGCGAGUCACCAGCGGAAACUGGGUCGGCGGGCAGCGGGGGGACCGCGGCGGCUGUGCGACACGGCAGGUGGGGCAGCACACCCGUGGCUGCCGUCGCGCCCAUGGUACCUCUCAGCGGUGCCCCGCCCGACGACGCCGACGCCUCUCGCAUGCGCCCUCCAUCCGCUGGAGACAAGAAGAAGGCGGGCACCACUCAGCCGCAGAGCAAACACAGCCGGACUCCUGCCGCAGCCACGGCGCCCGUGGCUGCUCCACCCUCUGCCUCGUCUGAUGCGACCGUCGCUUGUCGCACGCCCACGCCAACCACUGGAGACGGCAAGACGGUCGCCUCCAUUCAGCCACACACCAAACAGGAUCAGACACGUGUUGCAGCUGUGGCGCCCACGGCUCCUCAGCCCACUCCUCCAUAUGAUGACGCCGUCGCCUCUCGCAUGCGCCCGCCAGCCGCUGGAGACAAGAAGAAGACGUCCGUCUCUCAGCCGCAGAGCAAACACGGCCGGACUCCUGCCGGAGCCGCGGCGCCCGUGGCUGCUCCACACUCUGGCCCAUCUGACGCGGCCGUCCCUUGUCUUACUCCCCCUCCAUCCGCUGGAGACAAGAAGAAGGCGGGCACCACUCAGCCGCAGAGCAAACACAGCCGGACUCCUGCCGCAGCCGCGGCGCCCGUGGCUGCUCCACCCUCUGCCUCGUCUGAUGCGACCGCCGCUUGUCGCACGCCGACGCCAGCCGCUCCAGACAGCGAGACGGCUGCCACCACUCAGCCACACAGCCAACACGACCAGACACGUGUUGCAGCUGUGGCGCCCACGGCUCCUCAGCCCACGCCUCCAUACGAUGACGCCGUCGCCUCUCGCAUGCGCCCGCCAGCCCCUGGAGACAAGAAGAAGGCGGGCCCCACUCAGCCGCAGAGCAAACACAGCCGGAGUCCUGCCGCAGCCGAGGCGCCCAUGGCUGCUCCACCCUCUGCCCCAUCUGAUGCGGCCGUCGCUUGUUGCACGCCGACGCCAGCCGCUCCAGACAGCAAGACAGCCGCCACCACUCAGCCACACAGCCAACACGACCAGACACGUGUUGCAGCUGUGGCGCCCACGGCUCCUCAGCCCACGCCUCCAUACGAUGACGCCGUCGCCUCUCGCAUGCGCCCGCCAGCCGCUGGAGACAAGAAGAAGACGGCCGCCACUCAUACGCAGAGCAGACACAGCCGGACUGCUGCCGCAGCCGCGGCGCCCGUGGCUGCUCCCCCCUAUAGCCCGUCUGAUGCUGCCGUCGCUUGUCUUACCCCUAGACCGGCCUCUGGAGACAGCAGGACGGCCACCACCACCAUCACCACCACCAGCAGCACCACCAGUACCACCAUCUCUACCACCAGCACCACCAGUCUGCCUAACGGCGACCGCGGCGACCCCUGCCCAACUGCUGCUGCAGCUGCGCCCCUCACGACUCCACGCUCCUCUCCUCCUGUGGAUGGUGCUGCCGUCUCUCGCCUACGGAGACUUUCUGGUGAAGAGAAGGGCAGGAGGCUGAUCGAGGCGGCUAAAGUGGGGGCACAGACAGACGUGCAGACGUUGCUGGCGGCAGGAGCAGACCUCGAGGUGAGGGACAGUGACGGGUACACCGCCCUGCACUGGGCAGCGGACAGGGGGCACGUCGAUGUGGCGAUGUGUCUGCUGGAGGGUGGCGCCGAGGUGGACGCCACCAACGACAGUCGGACCACGCCCCUGCACAGGGCUGCACAGAGUGGCCACGCCACCGUGGUGCGGCUGCUGGUGGCGUCCUCCGCCCGCACCGACGCCAGGAACCGGUGGGGGUGGACGCCGCUGCACUGGGCGGCAGUGCGUGGCCACACGGAGGCGGCGGCGGCGCUGCUGGAGGCGGGCGCCGACAGGACAGCUAAGACUGACGAACUGUACACACCGCUUGACUUCGCCAGGCAUAAGCACCAUCAACAUCUGAUAAGCAUGCUAAGAUAA